UGUUUUGCUGUGGCCAACACAAGGCCUGAUGGAAAGUAAAUAACCAUACCUUUUAGGCUACCGUAGGUUUCGUUUUCACGUAGGCAAACAAAAAGUAGUGUAUUCACUGAAACAAAAAAACCUGUAGCUAUUAAACAUAAAGCAACUUUUUGAAUUAAACUGAAUAUAGAAAUAUUUUUUUAGGGAAUAAGUAGGAUAAUAAUUUUAAAGAAGUGACGAUUAUAUGACGAGCAGCUUUCCAGACGUACAUUCUGGACCAUCUUGCGACAGCCAUCGCUUUAAGGAUAUUCAUUCCCAGCCUGCGACGCCCAACCAACCGGAAGCGCGGAUUGAUUUCUCCAUGGCAAGCAAGGGCGGCUAAAAAAAAAGAAGAAAAAAAAAAAUCAAAGGAGCGCUUAUUAAAUGAUAGUCCAUCAAGCCUCGGACCGGAUUUCACAAAAAGGGGAAGAACACCUGAAACGGACAGGCCAUCCGCUGAAGUAAAGAAGUAUUCUUUCGGAUAUGGGCUCUAUCUUCAGGGUCCCCACCUGCUGGGCACCGUGAUGGUGCCCCCUGUCCCAGCUGAGCCCCUCGCUGCCCUCUGAAGGAGCAGGAUGACAAGAUGGCCCAGCUGCUUGUACCGCCCGGACCUGACAGCUUCUGCCCCUUCGGCCCCGAGUCGCUGGCCGCCAUCGAGAGGCGCAUCGCCGAGGAGGAGGCCCGGAGACCGCGGGCGGAGCGCCGCAUCGACAUCGACGACGAGAAUGGGCCCAGGCCCAACAGCGACCUGGAGGCGGGGAAAUCCCUCCCCUUUAUCUACGGGGACAUCCCUCCCCGCCUGGUGUCCACUCCUCUGGAGGACUUGGACACCUUCUACAGCAAUCAGAAGACCUUCAUAGUAUUGAAUCGCGGGAAGGCAAUCUUCCGUUUCAACGCCACUCCUGCCUUGUACAUCUUAAGCCCCUUCAACCCUCUGAGGAGGGUAGCUAUUAGAGUUUUAGUCCACUCGAUGUUCAGCAUGUUGAUCAUGUUCACCAUCCUGACCAACUGUGCUUUCAUGACCCUCAGUAACCCCCCGGAAUGGGCCAAGAAUGUAGAGUACACAUUCACAGGGAUUUACACCUUCGAGUCCCUCAUAAAGAUCUUGGCCAGGGGCUUCUGCGUGGGGAAGUUCACUUUCCUGCGGGACCCGUGGAAUUGGCUGGAUUUCAGUGUUAUCCUCAUGGCAUAUGUCACAGAGUUUGUGGACCUGGGCAAUGUCUCAGCGCUGCGAACCUUCAGGGUUCUGCGAGCCUUGAAAACAAUAUCAGUCAUCCCAGGCUUGAAGACCAUCGUCGGCGCGCUCAUCCAGUCGGUGAAGAAGCUGUCGGACGUCAUGAUCCUCACCGUCUUCUGCCUCAGCGUCUUCGCCCUCAUCGGCCUGCAGCUCUUCAUGGGCAACCUGAGGCAGAAGUGCGUGCGCCUGCCGUUCGCCGGCAACUCCACCAACAGCAGCAGCAACGGCACUGCCGGCGACGACGAUGCGGCGCUCUUCGGCGGCAUCCUGCUGGACAUCAACACCACAUUUGCGCAGAACGCCACGGAGAGCCCCUUCAACUGGACGGAGUACAUCAGCGACGAGCGUAAUUACUAUUUCCUCCCGGGCCGUCGGGACGCUCUGCUCUGUGGGAACGGCAGUGGCGCUGGGCUGUGUCCAGAGGGCUACACGUGUAUCAAAGCCGGCCGCAAUCCAGACUACGACUACACCAGCUUCGACUCGUUCAGCUGGGCAUUCCUCUCCCUGUUCCGACUCAUGACUCAGGACUACUGGGAAAACCUCUACCAGCAGACUUUGCGCGCAGCAGGGAAGCCCUACAUGAUCUUCUUCGUGCUGGUGAUCUUCCUGGGCUCCUUCUACCUGGUCAACCUGAUCCUGGCCGUGGUGGCCAUGGCUUACGACGAGCAGAACCAGGCGACCAUCGAGGAGGCUCAGCAGAAGGAGGAGGAGUUCCAGGCCAUGCUGGAGCAGCUGAAGAGACAGCAGGAGGAGGCGCAGGUUGCCGCGGCAGCAGCCACGGAGAGCGGGGAGUACAGCGGGAGAGGUGGCCCCACCUCCGAGUCGUCCUCUGGGACGUCAAAGCUCAGCUCCAAAAGUGCCAAGGAGCGGCGCAACAGGCGGAAGAAGAGGAAGCAGAGGGAGGAGGAGGAGAGGGGGGGCCGCGACAAGUUUCACAAGUCUGAGUCUGAGGACAGUAUCAAGAGAACCAGCUUCCGGUUCUCCAUUGAUGCCAACAGGCUUUCUUAUGAGAAGAGGUGCUCCUCGCCCAACCAGUCUCUCCUCAGUAUCCGCGGAUCCCUCUUCUCUCCCCGGAGGAACAGCCGCGCCAGCCUGUUCAACUUCCGCGGCCGGGCACGCGACAUGGGCUCCGAGAACGACUUCGCCGACGACGAACACAGCACCUUCGAGGAGAGCGACAGCCGCCGGGGCUCCCUGUUCCUGCCGCGCCGCCUCGAGCGCCGUUGCAGCGCCGUGAGCCAGACCAGCCUCGGGGCGCCGCGGAUCAUGCUGCCCGCCAACGGCAAGAUGCACUGUGCCGUCGACUGCAAUGGCGUGGUGUCUCUGGUGGGUGGGACUUCUGUAACAACCUCCCCAGUGGGUCUUCUGCUGCCCGAGGGAACAACCACAGAUACUGAGCUCAAGAAGCGGUGGCCAGGUUUUCGCAAGCCAUCCAUGGAUUAUUUAGAUGAACCGGUGGGCCGGCAGAGAGCCAUGAGCGUGGCCAGUAUCCUCACCAACACCAUGGAAGAGCUGGAAGAGUCCAGACAGAAAUGCCCCCCUUGCUGGUACAGGUUCGCCAACACCUCCCUGAUCUGGGACUGCUGCCCCGCGUGGCUGAAAAUCAAAGACAUCGUCAGCACGGUGGUCAUGGACCCGUUUGUAGAUCUGGCCAUCACAAUAUGCAUCGUCCUCAACACCCUGUUUAUGGCCAUGGAGCACUACCCCAUGACUAAAGAAUUCAACAGCGUACUCUCAGUUGGAAACCUUGUGUUCACGGGCAUCUUCACAGCAGAGAUGUGCUUCAAGAUCAUCGCCCUGGAUCCCUACUACUACUUCCAGGAGGGCUGGAACAUCUUCGACGGCAUCAUCGUCAGCCUGAGCCUGAUGGAGCUGGGCUUGGCCAACGUGGAGGGCCUGUCUGUGCUCCGGUCCUUCAGAUUGCUGAGGGUCUUCAAAUUGGCCAAGUCAUGGCCCACUUUGAACAUGCUGAUCAAGAUCAUCGGGAACUCGGUGGGCGCUCUGGGGAACUUGACCCUGGUGCUGGCCAUCAUCGUCUUCAUCUUCGCUGUGGUCGGCAUGCAGCUGUUUGGCAAGAGCUAUAAGGAAUGCGUGUGCAAGAUUUCCGAUGAUUGCCAGCUGCCUCGCUGGCACAUGCACGACUUCUUCCACUCCUUCCUCAUCGUGUUCCGGGUGCUGUGCGGGGAGUGGAUCGAGACCAUGUGGGACUGCAUGGAGGUGGCUGGGCAGACUAUGUGCCUGAUAGUCUUCAUGAUGGUCAUGGUCAUUGGAAACCUGGUGGUUUUAAACCUGUUCCUGGCUCUCCUCCUGAGCUCAUUCAGCGCAGACAACCUGGCAGCGACCGACGAUGACAGCGAGAUGAACAACCUGCAGAUCGCCGUGGGCCGGAUUCAGCGUGGCAUCACGUUCAUCAAAUCCACAGUGCGGCAGUUCCUCCAGAGCCUCUGCUUCGGCGGAGGCGGCGGCGGCAAGGGCUCCGGUCUGGCGGAGGAGAGCAAACCGCUGGACGAACUGCACAGCAACGGCAAGGGCAACUGCAUCUCCAACCACACAACCGUGGAACCCAGUGUGGUGUACGUGACAGAGGGCAACGGACGGCCAGGAGGAGGGCUGGUGGUAGGGGUCGGUGUUGGUGAGGACACCACAGGGAAGUACCCAAUGGAGGAGUGCGACUACAUGUCGUUUAUUCACAACCCCAGCCUGACGGUCACAGUGCCGAUCGCGGUGGGCGAGUCAGACUUUGAGAACCAAAACACGGAAGAUUUCAGCAGCGACUCGUCGGACGUGGAGGACAGCAAAGAGAAGCUCGAUGUAGAGCCCCAGCGUCUGAGCUCAUCGGAGGGGAGCACGGUGGAUAUCCGCCCCCCAGGAGACGGGGAAGAUUCAGUGGAGAUGGAGCCGGAGGAGUCACUGGAACCAGAGGCCUGCUUCACAGAGGGCUGCGUGAGCAGGUUCCAGUGCUGCCAGAUCAAUGAGGAGUACGAGCAUUUUAAGCACUGGUGGACACUCAGGAAAACCUGCUUUAUCAUAGUGGAGCACAACUGGUUUGAAUCCUUCAUCAUAUUCAUGAUCCUGCUAAGCAGUGGAGCACUGGCGUUUGAGGACGUUUACAUCGAGCAGCGGAGGACCAUCAAAACAGUGCUGGAGUUCGCAGACAAGGUCUUCACUUACAUCUUCAUCCUGGAAAUGCUGUUGAAGUGGGUGGCGUACGGCUUUGUCAAGUAUUUUACCAACGCCUGGUGCUGGCUGGACUUCCUCAUUGUAGACGUGUCCCUGGUCAGCCUUGUAGCCAAUGCAAUGGGCUACUCCGAGCUGACCACUAUCAAAUCUCUGAGGACACUGCGAGCCCUCCGGCCCCUGAGGGCCCUGUCUCGGUUUGAGGGCAUGAGGGUUGUGGUGAACGCGCUGCUGGGGGCCAUCCCCUCCAUCAUGAAUGUGCUGUUGGUCUGCCUCAUCUUCUGGCUCAUCUUCAGCAUCAUGGGCGUCAACCUGUUUGCAGGGAAGUACUAUUACUGCGUCAACACCACCACGGAUGUGAUCUUCCCCAUCGACGUUGUCAACAACAAGACCGACUGCCUGAACUUGGUCAACGACAGCGCCCGCUGGAAGAACGUCAAGAUCAACUUCGACAACGUCGGGGCCGGCUACCUGGCUCUGCUGCAAGUGGCAACAUUUAAGGGCUGGAUGGACAUCAUGUACGCAGCGGUGGACUCUCGAGAUGUGGAGGACCAGCCUGAAUACGAAGUGAACUUGUACAUGUACCUUUACUUUGUCAUCUUCAUCAUCUUCGGCUCCUUCUUCACCCUCAACCUGUUCAUCGGCGUCAUCAUCGACAACUUCAACCAGCAGAAGAAGAAGUUUGGAGGUCAGGACAUCUUCAUGACAGAAGAGCAGAAGAAAUACUACAACGCCAUGAAGAAGCUGGGCUCCAAGAAACCACAAAAACCAAUACCUCGGCCAACAAAUGUAUUCCAAGGCUGCGUGUUCGACUGCAUCACAAAGCAGGCCUUCGACAUUGUGAUUAUGAUCCUCAUCUGCCUUAACAUGGUGACCAUGAUGGUGGAGACGGACGACCAGACCCCGGACAUGGACAGAAUCCUCUACUGGAUCAACCUGGUCUUCAUCGUGCUCUUCACAGCGGAGUGCAUGCUCAAGAUGAUCUCUCUGCGUCACUAUUACUUCACCAUUGGUUGGAAUAUAUUCGACUUUGUGGUGGUGAUCCUGUCCAUCGUAGGUAUGUUUUUAUCCAAAGUGUUCGAGAAGUACUUUGUGUCCCCGACGCUGUUCCGAGUGAUCCGCCUGGCCCGGAUAGGCCGCAUCCUCCGUCUCAUCAAAGGUGCCAAGGGCAUCCGGACGCUCCUCUUUGCCUUGAUGAUGUCGCUCCCCGCUCUGUUCAACAUCGGCCUCCUCCUCUUCCUCGUCAUGUUCAUCUACGCCAUCUUCGGCAUGUCCAACUUCGCCUACGUCAAGCGCGAGGCGGGCAUCGAUGACAUGUUCAAUUUCGAGACGUUCGGGAACAGCAUGAUCUGCCUGUUCCAGAUCACCACGUCGGCCGGGUGGGACAGCCUGCUGGCGCCCAUCCUGAACAAGAGGGAGCCCGACUGCGACAGCCAGAUGGAGCACCCAGGCAACUCCUACAAGGGCAACUGCGGCAACCCGUCAGUGGCCAUCUUCUUCUUCGUCAGCUACAUCAUCAUUUGCUUCCUCAUCGUGGUCAACAUGUACAUCGCCGUCAUCCUGGAGAACUUCAGCGUGGCCACGGAGGAGAGCGGCGAGCCGCUGAGCGAGGACGAUUUUGAGAUGUUCUACGAGGUGUGGGAGCGCUUCGACCCCGACGCCACGCAGUUCAUGGAGUACAGCAAGCUCUCGGACUUUGCGGACGCUCUCGAUCCGCCGCUGCGCAUUUCCAAGCCAAACAUGAUCCAGCUCAUCUCCAUGGACCUGCCGAUGGUGAGCGGCGAGCGCAUCCAUUGCCUCGACAUCCUGUUCGCCUUCACCAAGCGGGUGCUGGGCGAGAGCGGUGAGAUGGACGUGCUGCGUGGGCAGAUGGAGGAGCGCUUCAUGGCCUCCAACCCCUCUAAGGUGUCCUACGAGCCCAUCACCACUACCCUGCGCCGCAAACAGGAGGACAUAGCGGCCAUGAUCAUCCAGAGGACCUUCCGCCGCUACAUGAUCUGCCUGGCCAUGAAGAAGGCCUCCACCCUCUACAAGGAGCGGCUGAAGGAGGGCAUCCGCGACCCCGACAAAGACGUGAUGGUCAUUGGCAAGUUCUCUGAGAACUCCACCUCGGACAAAACGGAAAUGACGCCCUCCACGGCGUCGCCGCCGUCCUACAACAGCGUGACGAAAUCAGACAAGGACAAGUACGAGAAAGAAAACCGUGAAAAAGAAAACAAAGGGAAAGACCAAAAGAAAUAGACUUAAAGAAGAAAAAAAAGAAAGAUAAAAGGAACAACAAUAAAAUAAUAAUGCAUCAGAGACGCGAGGGAAAUUUGUUUACAGCUUCUAAAGGGGAUGGAUAGAUGUACAUGAGGAGCUCCAUGCCAGGUGGGCCUGACAUGGGAGCGAAUGUCACAUGUGAUACGUGGGGGUCUUCUCAGGAGACGAACGGUCCAGAGAUGGACUGAACACGGAAAGCCUCUCUGCACAGAGCGCUUGUGAUUUUCCUCUUGGUUGUUGUUAUCUGACACACUUGAGUGUACUGUUGUCUGUAGCUAGUGCUGCUGCUACUAUAAAUCCAGUGUCUUGAAUUUAACAAUCACUGUAUCACUAAAAAAGUACUCCGUGUUUUUUGGGGGGUCGGGGGGUUUCUUUUUUUUUUUUUUUUUUUUUACGAGAAAGAAUGUUUUGUACUUUUAGUUUAUUGCGUUCCACUUCUUUCACUGUUUAAAAAUCACCAAGAGCCGACGAGUCGAUGCUGGGAGCUUCAACGAGAGGGCAGUGACACAUUCGGUGCCAUCAGUGAUUGUUGAAAUCUGUAUCGAGCUUCUGCCUCCUUGAACACAGGGAAGCUGAAUGUAUGCAAGGAAUGAGACGUUUAAAGAAACCGUUUGACAUUUUGGGGAAUAUUUUUAGUCGCUCUUUGUCAGCGAAGUUGACGAGAAGAUCGUCCUUUAAAUACGACGCUCGAGUUCCGUAAGCUUAACUUAUCCCAAAGACGGGAAGCGGGGAGGAACAGCUAGCCCGACUCGCCCGUCGAUCCGCCCACCUGCAUCUCGCCAGGCUGCCUCGUGUAUCUGGAGUACAACGUUUGCCAUGAAGCACCAGGGGGCGCACACAGAAAACAUUCAGCAAAGAAGCAGGAAGUCAACCAGUGUAACACAUAUGCAGCUCUUUAAGGCUCAGGAGGGAGUGUAAUUAUAAUUGUAUGUGUUAUACAGAAUUUUGAUCCCCUUGUAUGCAUUACUUUUAAAAAAAAGGAGGAUUUUUUACUCAAACGUAGAUUGCAUUUCAAAAACAAUUGGUCAUCUACAUAUUAAGUAAGAAUUCUUUUUUUUUUUUUACAUUCUUAAUCUAAGAUAUUUAAGCCUGAAAAUCCACGCAGGUUUUUAAUAUUUUUAAACUAGUUAGCUAGCUAAUACGCUAACGCUUGUUGUUUAGCUAACGCAGACAGACUCGUCCUCUUUCCGUAAGAUGUCAAAAGCAUUCCUUUAAAUGUGACGCUCAUAUCUCCCCGUUCAUCCGUAUCGUCUCCUCUAAACGCCCCCACCCCCCCACCCGCCCACCCCCUUCAGAGGAUAAAGGAAAAGUACUGAAUAUAUAAAUAACUCACUGCCCUCUUCUCUGCUCGCUUCAACACGACCAUAUAUCACAUUUAAAAUAUCUCAAACGUUUGUAUGACAUUCCUGUUGUUUCACCGGAGAAGCGAGUGGUUAAAUGGUUUGUACAUAAUAUAUCUGGGCCCACAGUAUGCAUCACCUCAGUGAUGUAAGAGCACUUUUUAUCCCGACAGCUAUGUAACACCUUGUGUUGUCCUGUGUGUGUGUGUGUGUGUGUGAAUGUGUGUGUGUGUGUGUGUGUGUGUGUGUGUGUGUGUGUGUGUGUGUGUCAGGGAGAAUGUAAGCAUCCUAUCUCUUUCUCUGUGUGUGCGUGUUUGUGUGCGGGUUGCUUAUAUUCCACUGAUUAUAAAUAAGAUUUAUAUUGUAGAUAUGAGUGCAUUUUUCCAGUCUUCGGAUUUUAUUUACUUUUCUUUCUUUUUUUUAAAAACUUUAUUUAUUUUCUUUCUGCACUGUAACACAUGACAAAACACACG